GUUGGCGGAUCCACUGGGCUGCAGUACUCAGCAAGGAGUAACGAAAGAUCUCAGAUUUUGUUUUGUGGUACAUGUAUGCAAGAGCAACACAGCCGUAGUCAAAUCCAGGGCAGCCGAUCGAUAUCUGGCCUACACAGAUGAUAGUGUUUGGAUGUGGUAUCUCUGGAAAUCGGGUCUGAUCUUUGCAAAACCGCGAUUGUACAGUCGACUUUUUAUGAAGAUCUGAGGAAUUUCACAGCCAUGCCCCGACGGAGUAUACAGCAAGUGCAUGUGCAAGAUGUGCAGAAGAGGAGGAAUCCCAAUAAACAUUAUGUAUAUAUCAUCCAGGUUUCCUGGUCUGAUGGAUCUACAGAGAACAUAUACAGGCGUUACAGCAAGUUCUUCGAUCUGCAGAUGGAGCUUCUGGAUAAGUUCCCUGUGGAAGGAGGCCAGAAGGACCCAAAGCAAAGGAUUAUUCCCUUUCUCCCAGGUAAAAUACUUUUCCGAAGAAGUCAUAUCAGGGAUGUUGCAAUUAAACGUCUGAGGCCAAUUGAUGAAUACUGUGGGGCUCUCAUCCAGUUGCCAGUUUACAUCUCUCAGUGUGAAGAGGUUCGACAGUUCUUUGAGACCAGACCUGAAGACAUCAAUCCCCCCAAAGAGGAACCAGUUGGAAAGAAGAAAUCUGGGCUUGUCAAGAGAGCGACAUCUAUCCUAAAGAGAGCGGGCGACUUUACUGCUGGAGACCCCCUUCUUUUAGAUCAGUAUGUGGCUGUGACUGACUAUGAGAAGCAAGAGAGUUCAGAAGUCAGCCUGUGUGUUGGACAGGUGGUGGAAGUGAUAGAGAAGAAUGAGUCUGGGUGGUGGUUUGUGAGCUCGGAUGACGAGCAGGGCUGGGUCCCAGCUACAUGUCUUGAGGCUCAGGAUGAUCCAGAUGAUUUUUCAAUGCCAGCUGACGAAGAGGAGAAAUAUACAGUUAUUUACCCGUACACUGCCCGGGAUAAAGAUGAAAUUAAUUUGGACGGGGGAAUGACUGUCGAGGUCAUCCAGAAAAACCUGGAGGGCUGGUGGAAAAUCAGGUAUCAAGGCCAGGAGGGCUGGGCCCCUGCUUCCUACCUGAAAAAGGCUGAUUUGCUGUCCCAGAAACUGGCAUCAGGCUGCCCUGCUCACUCAAGUGCCUCUGACUUAGACGGCUUCUCCAGGCAGGCAAACGCUGCCAAAGAAAGGGACAACCUAAAGUCAGAAGCCUGUUUUUCACCCUUUGCCGAUGUGAGACGCAAAUCUCCUGAUGCAAGACAUCGCCCCCCACCUCGACGAGAUCUUACUGUACCAAGGGGAUUACAUUUACCUAAACCGCCAAUUCCUCCUCAAGUUGAAGAGGAGUAUUAUACCAUAGCAGACUUCCAGACCACCAUUCCUGAUGGCAUUAGUUUUCAAGCUGGUAUGAAAGUGGAGGUUAUAGAGAAGAAUUCAAGUGGGUGGUGGUACAUUCAAAUUGAUGAAAAAGAAGGUUGGGCUCCCAUCACAUUUAUUGAUAAAUAUAAGAAAACCAGCAAUGCAACACGGCCAAACUUUCUGGCUCCUCUGCCAAAUGAAAUGGCACAACUGAGGCUGGAAGAUGGCACCACCAACCACGUUGCCCAUGAUGAUGGUCGUGAAGAUUGGUUUUCAAAACCUCUUCCUGAUGACCCAUCCAUAAGCAAUGGUUCGUCAGCCAAACCAAAGCUCAAAGAUUGGAAAACUAAGGAUGCAGUAAAAGGGAUUUUUCCAGACAACAAGGCAGCCUCCAGUGCAUUUUCAGGAGCUGUGCAAACUGACCCUAUCUGCCCUUCAGCUGAAGAAAAACCUGCCCUGCCACCAAGAAGAGAAUCGAUAAACAAGAGCUUAGAAGUAGAAUUUACAGAAAAACAAAAGCUUGACCCAACCAAAGGCCUUCCACCUAAACCGCCUGCCCCAGGGCUAAUUUUACCUGUGAUGCCAUCUAAACCUGCUCCUUUUAAAGGAGAGAAGGCCCCAGAUCAGAAAAAAGAAGAAAAGAAUAAAGUGUUGUACCUCAGAAAUGAGAUGGGCUUAGAAUGUGGGCAUAAGGUAUCGGCAAAAGAGGUUAAAAAAUUCAACCUCAAGCCUGUCGCAAAACCAGGGAAGCCAAAACCAGAACCAUCUGAAGAAAAGCCUGAACUUGUUGGCCAGAUGACAUUUGCGAAGCCGAAACCCCAAGUGAGGCCCAAACCAAUUCCAGCUUCAAGGGUAGAAGGUCAAGCAGAAAGCAAGGUGGACAUCACCAAUCUCAGAAGCAAGCUUAGACCCGCAAAGCCCACAGACAAAAGUGUUGAACUGGACAUUUCGCAGCAAGAAGCAGUUAACAACUCCCUUAAUAAUGUGCCUUCGACCAGUAAAGGGAACGUGGAACCGAAGAUUCCCCCAAAGCAACACAAUGGUCACGGUCAAAACGAUAGGCCGAAAGGAUUCCCUGGCAAGCCGGUGCCUGAAAUCUCAACAGGGGAGACGGAACAACCAAAGAUCUCUGUUUCGAAAGAAGCCCCACAAAGGCCUACUGUUCCACCAAGAAGGCCCCCACCACCAAAGAAGUCAUCAGUCCCAUCCAGUCCUACAGAAGCAAAGGGGUCUAUGAAAGAUUUGACCGAGGUCAAACCCUCUAGCGUACAUCACAGACCUGUGCCCCCAAAGCCCAAGGCACUUACACCACCUCCUUCUAAGGAUGAAUCCAAACUAAAGGGAGCCUUGGGGCCAAAGCUAUUGAACAAGCAAGCAGAGAAACCUGACCCGCCUAAAGAAAAGCUUCCUUCCUUGCGGAAGGAAGGUGAUGUGCCACCAGAAAGAAAGUAUGUGGCUAUUGCUGAUUUUGAAGGAGACGAGCAAACCUCUGGAUUUAAAGAAGGGACAGUGUUUGACGUGCAAGAAAAGAAUACCAGUGGGUGGUGGUUUUGUAAAGUUGUUAGUGGUGGGCCAAUAUGGGAGGGCUGGAUCCCUUCCAAUUUUUUGGCCAAAAAACAAUAGGUAUUAAACAUAAUGCUUUUUUUUCUUAACUUUUUUUGUUACUUUUAUAUUUAAUUUUUGUAUUUUUUUUUUUUUUAAUUUAUAGGUGGUUCCUUUUAAUAAUUACAUUUAGUCACAUUCCAUUGUUGAACAACAACGACGUAUAUUUUUAGCCAAAUAAAUUAAAUUAAACUGCUCCAUAAGCAAAUAUUACUGGAACCUGUUUUCUGUAAAUUUAGUUGUAUUUUGGACUGGAGAACUUAAACCAGAUUCCAUAGUCAAACAAAUUGGAGUACUAACUAAAUUUUUUUGGUUUUCCACCUUUUACUGUCAUGUUAUCCUUUUUUCUUAAUAUAACUUUUUAUAUUUUUAGAGAAUUGAGAAAAAAAAAAUCUAUCGUGCAGUACUUUAUGCCUUACGUACUAUAUUACUUCCGUAUGACACAAAUUAAAAUGUAUGCAAAUAAGUCAGGUUAUCCUCAUGAAGUGUGCAUAUUGGAUUAACUAAAACAAUGCUGUGUAGACUGUAGGAGAAAAGGUAAAUAUAUACAACAAAUGAAUGAGGCACAUUUUCUAUGAAGUAUUGCCAAACUAAAGAUUAGGUACCUCAGAAUAGUUUCUCAUUCAAAAUGUUCAAACCAUGCAUUUCAGAUGCUGUCUUUCACAGAAAAUGCAAUCUAAAUAUUUUUUCAAGGCAUAUAGUUAUCAUACUUUUUAGGGGAAGUUGAUUGCUCAAGUAACCAUCAGUUAUUACAGUAGACUUAUCUAAUGCCUCCUUCCAUUCAUAGACCAGGGUUCACUCACUGUGGCUUUUUGUUAGAAAAUGUGAAUACAUAAUAACUAUAAUUAGAUAUAAUAACUUAUGUCGUUAACCCGGUGUGUUAGCUCAUAGAUGUGCUGAGGUGAAGCGUAUUUAAAUGUCUAUCUGUAAAAUUCUCAGCCCUAACCAAGACCACCUUCACUUCAUGUCGAAUUGGUUUUGGAAUGCAUAACUUUUACUCCGAGCCAUGUUUCACCAUACCACGUAAUGGUCUGCUGCAUCUGUAGUAGUCGUUAUGAACGUCACAUAAACCCAGUUAUUGUGCUUUUAAGCACGGUUUGCACAGUUUCACUCUGAAAACUCUCAAUGCAUUGGUUUCAUUUUUCAGAAUUAGUUAAACCAGCAUUUGUUUGUGCAGCAUCUGUAUGAACUACGAUAUCAAAGUCUGUCAGCCAAGUAUAGGGUUUGUUCCCUGGGGCGCUUUGAUCAGCUAUAUAAUGCAAUAUUAUAUUUUCUGUUUUAACACACUAAUAAUGCUUGACUGGUUUCAAGCAUGGAAUAAGUAGAUACCUAAUAUUAAGAUUGGGGUGGGGGUGGGGGUCUUCUUUUAAGUAACCAUAGACAUUUCUUCAGGACUCUUUACCUCAAGCUGAGCCAGAACACCUGGCCAGCAGAAACUCUAAACGCCUGUGCUGGUAAAGAAGGGUUUGAACAUGGUGAGAUCUGAUACAAUCACCUCUGUGGAAUCUGUACCAGAAGAAAUUGGCAAGGCCAGGAGCCACUAUAGCCUAGCUGCAAAUAUGUGUUGGUGUUGUUUUUUUUUUUUGUUUUUGUUUUAACUUUUAUGUUCUUUAACAAAAAACAAUGCAGGUGUUAUACAUUGUGCAUCAUAUUAAAGCACAUCAGUGGAUUUUAAAUGUGUUUCCCGAUUAGUAGAAACAACCCUGUUCUGCAAUACAGCAAUUUAGAAAUAAAUCACAUUUGUGAAACGUUUUCAGGCUGGAUUGGGUGCUCUCUUUUCAUUCAUACGUGCAUAAAAGAGCGAAGCAAGCACUAGGCUUCAACUAUAGUUUUAUAACAUGGUGCUUUUAAGAUUGCUGAUGUUUGGCAUGAAAGUUCAAAUUGGGCGAUAAACACUAUAACUCAACAUUGGGUCUUAGGGGGAAGGGAGGAGAGUACAAUAGGGUAAGUGAGGAACUUUGAAAU